AUUGUGUGUGUGACUUCGCCUAUAUGAUUUUUAUUUUUUUUUUGAGAAAGAAGUUUAUGCGAUCUGCGCGCAGCUCAUGCAACUAAAAUUGGAUUCGACUGGCACAAAGCAGCAUUCGGGGGGCAACUGAGCCUGAACAUUUCUUCUACCGGCCCGCUGCUUUAGCUGCUUUCUCGCAACGCUAUCGUUAACGUCCUCUUUCCACCCGCCCGUCUCUCGCAUCGUCAUCAUCGUCAGGAACAGCAGCAGCAGCAGCAGCAGAAGCAGAAGCAGCAGCAGAACCAACGCAUGAUAAUUCACUGCUUUGGCCCUGGACUGGCAACGAAAUGGCUUUUCCAUACAUAAAACUGGCCACAGUAAUGAAAUGGCGACCAAUGGUGAUAUAUCGAUGAUCUCGCCGCCAACGUCUUCCAUUUCAAACGAUCAAGAUCCGUUUGGACAGCUGCCACCGCUACCACCGCCGUUGCGUUCCACCCAAGUGCUUCAGCCAUUGAGCGUAUUUCCAGUGUCCAAUUUGAGCGAAGAUUCUUACGAUUAUGUUUUUGGUGGUCGACGUAAGACUCCGCCCACAACAACGUCAACACAACUCAAGCUGACCUCGCCGCCAGUACGCCUGCGACCCGAAGACGCCUAUCGAGGUGAGAAUAUAAACAACGGCCGUUUCUAUCGUCAUUCCUUCAGCUAUGCCCCGAAGCGUCAACGCCACUCGAGCCGUGAUGAUCGUGACCGCGAGUCUAGAUUGAGAUGUCAUGGCGAGGAUGAGGCAACACUGCGCCAAUUGCUGCUCGAUUUGCAAAAGCAAGUUAGCGUGAUGAGCAUGAAUCUAUCAGCGAAACUCGAUGAACUGCAGCGAGGCGAUCGACACCUGGAGACGACAGUCGCCUUGUGCGAAAUCCGCACACAGCUGCAGGAGCUGACCAAGUCCGUGGAGAGCUGCCAGAGUGAGGUAUCGGAGGUCAAGCGUGACAUGGUGGCAAUCAAACACGAACUGGACACCGUGCAGCAGGUGAAGGAGGAAAUUGAGGAGCUCCGCGAAUAUGUGGACAGACUGGAGGAGCAUACGCACAGACGGAAGCUAAGACUUUUAGAACAAGGUCUUACGUUCUUCCUCACCUAUUCCAUAUUCUCGGCGGUGCUGGGCAUGCUCCAAUUUGGCUACAAUACUGGAGUCAUCAAUGCGCCCGAAAAGAAUAUUGAGAAUUUCAUGAAGGAUGUGUACAAGGAUCGCUAUGGUGAGGACAUCAGCGAGGAGUUCAUACAACAGCUCUACUCGGUGGCUGUCUCAAUAUUCGCCAUUGGCGGCAUGCUCGGUGGUUUCAGUGGUGGCUGGAUGGCCAAUCGCUUUGGCAGAAAAGGAGGUCUAUUGUUGAACAAUGUGCUUGGUAUAUCGGGCGCCUGUUUGAUGGGUUUUACCAAAGUUAGUCAUUCCUAUGAAAUGUUAUUCCUUGGCCGAUUUAUAAUUGGUGUAAAUUGCGGUCUCAAUACAUCGUUGGUGCCAAUGUACAUCUCUGAGAUAGCACCACUGAAUCUGCGCGGUGGUUUAGGUACUGUUAAUCAAUUGGCUGUGACUGUAGGUUUAUUAUUAUCCCAGGUGCUGGGAAUUGAACAAAUCUUAGGCACUAAUGACGGCUGGCCCAUACUCCUGGGUCUGGCCAUAUGUCCAGCAAUAUUGCAAUUAAUAUUACUGCCAGUUUGUCCCGAAUCGCCCAGAUAUUUGCUCAUUACCAAACAAUGGGAGGAGGAGGCGCGUAAAGCACUGCGUCGACUGCGCGCCUCCGGUUCUGUGGAUGAGGACAUUGAGGAGAUGCGCGCCGAGGAGCGCGCACAGCAGGCCGAGAGCCAUAUAUCGACCAUGGAGCUCAUCUGUUCGCCCACAUUGCGUCCGCCACUAAUCAUUGGCAUUGUGAUGCAGCUGAGCCAACAGUUUAGCGGCAUCAAUGCCGUCUUCUACUAUUCCACAUCGCUCUUCAUGAGCUCCGGACUGACUGAGGAGAGCGCCAAAUUUGCCACGAUAGGCAUUGGCGCCAUUAUGGUUGUAAUGACUUUGGUGUCCAUACCGCUAAUGGAUCGCACAGGUCGCCGUACGUUGCAUUUGUAUGGACUGGGCGGCAUGUUCAUUUUCUCCAUAUUCAUAACGAUUUCAUUUUUGAUCAAGGAGUUUUUUGGUUAUGUGCAGGAAAUGAUCGAUUGGAUGUCAUAUCUAUCUGUGGUGGCCACGCUCGGCUUUGUUGUAUUCUUCGCCGUGGGACCCGGCUCCAUACCCUGGAUGAUCACAGCGGAACUGUUCUCGCAGGGUCCCAGGCCCAGUGCUAUGGCCAUUGCGGUGCUGGUCAAUUGGAUGGCCAAUUUUGUGGUCGGCAUUGGUUUCCCCAGCAUGAAGACCGCUCUGGAGAACUACACUUUCUUGCCAUUUAGCGUGUUCUUAGCCAUAUUUUGGAUAUUCACCUACAAGAAGGUUCCUGAGACCAAAAACAAAACCUUUGAGGAAAUCUUGGCACUCUUCCGUCACAACAACGGCAGGACAUUUCGAGAUAGUAGACUGUACGGGAGUAUGCUAAACUGCACAAAUAGCUUGGAGCCACAAAGUAUGAAUUCUGGCAUCGAGCAUGCCGCAUUGAUGGUAUCUGAGGAGAAGACCCAACAUGACUCACCUGCAUCCGAGCGAUUUUUAGACGGCGGCCGAAGUACACACCAGGGCCGGAGCGCUGCCUCUGCGCCCCAUCACCUUCGUCAGCAAGCACCUGUCUGCCCGAACAGCGGGCCUUGACUGAGGAACGCCUCACCUCCUGAAACUGCCAGUGUACAUUCAACGAGCCGCACUGAGGAGCAACAACAGCAACAGCAGCAGCAGCAGUCCUCCUCCACCUUAGCCGCCACACAGCCACACAAUCAGCAUCAGCAUCAACCCUGUUAUACCACCACACACGAAUAUGUGCAUUGUAGCUAUGAGAAGGACAUUGUAUGUGAUCAAGCGCCACAGACGCAGUCAUCGCAUGGUCAACACAAGCAUGAGCCGCUCCAGCAACAGGAGGCGGUUGCCAUAAUCUCACACUGCCAUCAGACACAGCCGCCAUCGUCGCAGCGCAAGCACAGCCACAGUCACAGUCCGCAUCAUAGUCGCCACACAUCACCACACAGCCAUCACUCACAUCUGGGUCAAGGUCCGAGUCACAGUCAGAAUCAGGGUCACAGUCAGGGUACGGGUCCAAGUUUGGGAUCUGGUCAGCCGCAAUCGCACUCACAUCAUCAUCAUUAUCGUCGUCGACGUCGGCAGCACAGCGUCGCUGCUGUUGGUGGCAGCGGCAGUCUGCCGGGCGCCCACACGCCCCACUCUGCCAGCGGUGGCCACCACAGUUCGCGUCAUGUGUGCAACAGUCGACGCCAUCGCUCCGUCACCGAUGUCUCCUGCCAGUCGAUCAAUGCCUGCCAGGAAGCAGCGUGUGCCGACCGCGAGGUCCAGGAGAUAAUGGUGCGUAAGACCUGCUGCAGUUCAUCACGCACAGAGCUGGCUCAGUACUUUGCUGAGGAUCUCUAUGGCUCAUCGUCGCGACGACCGAGCUCCUGCUGCACCAGUUCGGACUACUGCUAUCAAACGGACUCCACCAGUUUAUACGGCUCAAGAUCCUCUUUAAGUCGCAACAACUCCAUCAAAUCCGCUUCGGCUGCGAUGCGCAAGCAGCAACGCCUCCAGGCACGCCAACCCAGCUACACAUCAAUAUCGUUGCGGGGCCUAAAUGCCAGUCGGCCAAAUAGUCAGCUCGGCUCGCUGACCUCCAUAUUCGAUCGUGCCAAGCAGAUUGCCAACGAAAGCAAAUACAUCGAGCAGCAGGAGCAGCGACAGGCAACGGCAACACCCUCUCGUGGCUCCACGCUGGAGCGCCACAGCUCGAAGGGAGCGCUGAGUAAUGAUCUGCCGGAGUAUGCAUGCUCGCCAUCGCCGAUUCGCUGGAGUUUCCUCGCCGAUGGCAAGUCGCCCACUGACUUUGAACUUGAGGGCGCAGUAGGUGGCACCGAUGAGGCAACAGCAACAACAGUCGCACACUCAACGGCAACGGCAACAGAAAAUAAAGUAGAUGCCUGGCAUGUGCCCGAGCCGGACAUGAAGCCAUGCCGGAAACUGACCAGCAGCACGGAGAAUAGCAGCUGGAAGAGCACCCUGUAUGAUGAUCAACCCAGCACCUCAGCAGCGGCACGCAAGCGACGUGGCAGCAACUAUCACUGUGAAUUUGAGGAGUCGACAACUAUCUUAUUCCAUCAAGAUCAGGAGGGUGAGGCGUAUAAUAAUUGCUGCAACAACUACAUACAAUGCAACACGUAUCUGGAUCAGGAUCUGCAAAUUACCAGCGAGGAUAUCCAUCAGUAUCUGUCCAAGGGCAAUCCAACUGUUGGUGAUGUGCUCAACAAUUCCAAGAACUAUCCGUUUCAGCCUAGCAAUGCGCUCGAGUUUCAAUACAAAAACAACUUCCAGCAGGGCAACAACAACAACAACACCACCAACAACAACACCAACACCACCAACACAGCCUCCAGUGAUGCGGGUGAGUGUUUCCAGCGGUACGAGCGUAGCUAUCACGCCAGCAAGGAAACGAACUUAAAUCAGAAUCCUGGCGGAGUGCAGGCACCACCCGAGCCAUUGUCCCCCAGCAACAUAAAUCUAUCGAGCAGCAGCAACAAUAUCAACAUUGUUUUCGGCAGCAGCAGCCAGGAGCGCAAUGCCAACGAGGUGAAGUUCAUUAAUAAUCACUCUGGGGAAAGAGAUGCCGACAAUCAGCUGGUCAGCUCGGAGGCACAUCAUGCGGGUUAUCUGCCCUACACGUAUCCCAGCUAUGAUUAUACCAACAUGUCUGGCAAUUCGCACUUUGAGAAACCGCUGGGCAUCGAUGAACUGCCCAAAGAGUUUGUUGGCAUGCAUGGAUUGGAUGGUGGCGGAUCAACAACCAGCGAGCAUUCAUCAUCGUUGCACUUUGACUCCUUCGAUGCCGCCUCGGAGCACAAUUUGUUGUCACAGCCCAUGUCACCCGGCUCACCAGCCUCAGCCUCGGUGAAUCCUGCUGGCGAUGCAUAUAUGCACCUGCACCACUCACACUUUGACCAUCAAGAUCACCAGCAGCAGCAGCAGCAGCAGCAGCAUUAUCACGGCCAGUAUACACAGGCGCACAACUCGCACCCGCACUCGCAUUCUCAUCCGCACAGCCAUGGCCAUCAUCAUAGCACCAACACCAACACCAGCACAACGCAUCAUUAUGGCACACACGACCUGGCCGAGGAGCAAUUCCGGCUGGGCAAUGCCCUGAAGAAGGUGCGCAAGCGUGCACGCAAAUACACAGAUUUCCUGCGCAAGAAAUGAGCUGAGAUUGUGAGCCACACUCUUGCUGAUUAGCCUUAAAUUCCUCCCACUCCCCAUCUCUAGAUUCGCCAUACUUUGGGCGCAAGUAUGUGGUCGUCUCGAAGUCGCAAUCGCAGCCGCGACGCUCACAGAGCCUGGACGAGGAUUAGCUGUGGAUGGACGAUCAAAUUGCAUUUUUAGAACACACUUUUCGACAAGCAAUAAAUGAAACAUUUUUCAUACACUCACACAAAUCGCGAAAUUAAUGAUUAACUUAAAUUUUUACACUGCCAAAUGAUGAAGACGAUUAAAAUUAAUAUUUAUUUGUGGUAAGCCAAAUAGUAAUGUGCGAUGGACAGACACCUAUGUACACUCACUCAAACACAUAUAGACAGCACACAUAUUAUCACAUUCACAUACGGCAGUCGGCUAUAAAUGAACAAGAAGAACAACAAGAAGAACAACCACAACAACGACUAUUUUAAAAAUACCUAAGCUACAGUGCGUAUACAUAAUAAGUAUGAACAUUUGUAUAUUCAAUUUAAACAUUAAGAACAGGUUUUGAAUUUGCAUAUUUAACUUACAAAUUAAACAAACAAAAAACAAAAACAACAAACCGAAAGGCAAAUGCAAAUAAUAAUGCACAACUACCCAAGCAUAGUUAUAAAAUUAAACAAUAACUUUAAAUACUUAUUUGUAAGAGGUGAGAGAUCAAAGCAGCGCUACAAGAUUUAGAGUUUCAGCAACUGCGGUAACAGCAAAAACCAAAACAAAAAGCAAAUAAGAAGAAAAUAUUAACAAUUAAAUUAAAAUGAAAAAAAAAAAAACAAAAACAAAAAAAAUAAAAUAAAAUAAAGCUAAUUAAACAUAUACAAGAAGAAUAACUGUAGCUGACACAUAAAAAAUGCAAUGUUAUUGAGCAUUUCACUAAAUCGGUAAGUUAAACUUAAAUAUGGCAUAUAGAAAGGUGAUUUUUUUUUAUUUAUUUACUAUUUUAUAUGCGAAUUUUUAUGGUUGAAGUUGAACAAGUUUCUUCAGGGACUGCUUGCAAUUUAUGUAUAAGCAAUAAGCCGUUUUGCUCAUAGAAAACAAUUUAGUUAAUUCCGAAAACAAAUUCCAUUUAUUCUCUUUUCAUUUUGAGGAUGUUUUUAAAAAAAUAUUUCUCUCAUAGUUUCGCUUUUAGUUUUGCAAAUUCAUUUUUAGUGCAUGGAUCCCAACAACUGUCUUCCAAUUGUAUUUUAUAGUAAGUUUCUAGUUUGAAUUUCCUUAAAUAUAAACAAUUUAUGAAAUAUAUGAAUCACAAACACAUACUUAUAUAAUUUCAAUAAAUUAAUUAAAUCAAACGUACCUUGCGUGACAAAAAAUAAAUAAAUUAAAUAAUAGUAAGCAAAAGAUGAACAACUGUAAAUAAUUGCUGUUAGUUAAUCAUAAAAUUAAUUUACAGAUAAAUUACAUUAAAAUAAUUAAUAUAAUUUGUAGUUAUUAGCUGAAAUCAUUAAAAAUAGUAAACCGGAAUAAUAAAUAUAAAUGCACUGCCAAAAAGGUUUUAUGAAAAAAAAUAAAAUAAAAAACAACAACAAAAUAGAUUGAACAAACCUAAGAUGAUGAAUAUAAGUAAAACAAACGCAAAAAAAAACAAAUGAAAAAAAUACAAACGAAAAACAAAAACUGCUGUAAAUAUAAGAAUGAAUACAUAUAGAAAAUCAUAGACAUUUUUUAAUGGCACAUUAAUUAACGAGGAGCAUGCAAUUUGCAGAUUUUUUACAUUAUUUUAAAUAACUAAGUAAAAACAAUAAUGAGUUGAAUAUAAAUUCAUGAAACCAACAAAAAUAUAAAGCCACGUGGCAGCGAUUUUGUAACAAAAUCAAAAGAGAAAAUGUUAACAUUGCAUAAA